AUGAUGCUCCUCAAGGUACUAGCGACGUCGUUGCUUCUCGCAGCAGACGUCCUCGUCUCUGCUCGGCCAGCUCCCAGCCCUCUCGAUAUCUUUAGGAGGGCGCCAAACCCGGGAGUCGUUUACACCCAGUGUGCAAGGCCAGGCACUCUUGCUCUUGCUUUUGACGAUGGUCCCUACACUUAUACCCAGAAGCUGGUUGACACAUUGAACGCGGCUGGCGGCAAGGCAACCUUUUUCUUCACUGGCACUCUCUAUGGCUGUAUAUACAACCAAGCCUCGGCGGUGAGGAACGCCUACAACAGUGGUCAUCAAAUCUCCUCACACACAUGGACACACGCAAACCUCGGCAACCUGCAGGCCACCGCCAUCACCCAAGAGAUGCAGAAGCUGGAGCAAGCCUUUGUCAACAUCUUCGGCCGCAAGCCGGCGUACAUGCGCCCGCCGUAUCUGGCAACGGGCGGCCAGAUGCUGAACACGAUGCGGACGCUCGGCUACAAGGUCAUCACCAACGACAUCGACAGCGGCGACUGGAACCGCGAGACUCCGCAGCAGAGCCAGGCCAAGUUUCAAGGCGCCGGCGCCGGCGGCAACGGCCACAUCCCGCUCAUGCAUGAGACCUACGAGAGCACCGUCAACGUCCUCGUGCCCUGGCUCAUCAACUGGGCGAAGCAGAACAACCUCAAGCUCGUCACCGUCGCCGACUGCCUGGGUGAUGCAGGUGGCGCGUACCAGUCGGGCACUUUUCCGGGUAAUGGGCAGAACAAAUGUUGA